AUGGAACGACUGGCAUCGGACGCGGUUGUGGCGGCUGGGGCGACGCGGGUGCAGGAGGAGGAAGCGCGGCGGCAUGGCGCCGCUGGGUUGACGGUGACGGAGGCCGGCGUGCUUCCAGCUGCGCUCGCCAGCGAAAUGUUCAACACGCUGGAUGCCCUGUCGGAUGCGGCAUGGCAACUUGAGGAAACAAGAAAAACCGAGCAGCCCAUGCGGUUCUAUCGGCUGCGGUCGGAUCUGCAGACGCCGCCAAUCGUGAUCGCAGCACAUGGUCAUCGUGGUCACCGUGGCAGCGAUAGUGGUUAUCAUGGAGAGGUUGUUGAAGGAAGCCGGAGACAAGGGCAAUGGCAAGGGCAAGGCAGUGAGGACAGUAAUAGCAGCGAUAGAGCGGAUGAUGAUGAUGAUGAUGAUGAUGAUGAUGAUGAUGAUGAUGAUGAUGAUGAUGAUGAUGAUGAUGAUGAUGAUGAUGAUGAUGAUUACGACGACGACGACGACGAAAACAGCAACAACAACAACAGCGACGACGGCAACAACAGCGACGACGACCGCAACAACGACAGUGAUGAUGGUGACUCGCAACGCGAUGAGUGCGAGGAACAGAGAUUGGUGCUGUGCGGGUUGAUGAAGAGGAUUCGGAGCCACCUGGAGCAGCGACUGCGCGUGAACAAGGACCAUGAACGACUGCUGUUGAAUGUGUCCAAGUACACGCGCGGCUGCUACUUGGCCUCGCAUCGCGACGAGGAUGCGCUCUGCCGCUCGUUUCGAAGGCGUAGGGCGGUUGUCCUCUACCUCGUGCAUGCCACAUACAGCCGGCAGGAUGGUGGCCUGUUUGUGGACCACGAGACUGGGCAGCAGAUUGUGCCACAACACAACAUGUUGGUCCACUUUGCUGUCCCCCGCCUGCACGAGGUGACACCUGUUCUGGGCGGCGGCAGCACGCAGCGACCGCGCUUUGCAGUGUACGGCUGGAUUGUCACGCCACGCUUCGCCGUGUGGAGCCGUCAGUCCCCCACGCGCCAGCCACGCCUUCUGGCGACGGCACCGAAGCAACCAGCCUUGCAUGCCGCUGCACGCGAAAGGGAGAGGGACGCAGAGGCAGCACAGGCCAAACGCAGGGCACAAGCAGCAACAGCGUCCAGCAAGCGGCCACACCUAUCAUCCCAUGCUGAUGCUGAUGCUGGUGACGGUGAUGAUGGUGAAGAUGAUGAUGAUGAUGAUGAUGAUGAUGGUGGUAAUGGUGGUAAUGUCCAGCUGCAGGAACCAGCCGCCACCCCAACCACCACCACCCAGGACACCACAGCAAAGCGUGCUUGCUUGCCGAUGCGCGUUGUGGUGCGCACACAGCACCGAGCAGUUGUGGCUGCGCUUGGGCGCCUCGCGUUCAUGCCAUUCUUCACCGCACAUCAGCUGCUUGGCACGACGCUCUCCAGACAGUUUCGACUGCCCGGCGCUACUGCUGGUGGUGACAAUAUCGACCACAACAACAGCCGUGACGGCAAUGAGGAAGAAGGGGAGGAGGUAGGCCAUGGUGGUGAUGACAGUGGUGAUGGAGAUGAUGGUGGCGAUGUUGCAGAAGGAGUACGGGAGCAACACCGACAUCCCAAUCAUCAGCAUCAUCAUCAACAGCAGCCGGAAGAAGGAGACGAGGAGGGUUUCGGCUGUGUUGAUGGCGAUGGUGAUGAAGCAGAUUGGCGUGGUGAUGGGAGAAGGGUUGUGGGUGGUGGUGUGCAGCACGGCGUAGGGGUUGACGGUGCGCGUGUGCGCCGCCCCGGGCGCGUGGGUGUGCGGAUGUACCUGCUUGGUGACGAUGACAACGACUGCACACGCAUGCACCGCGUGUGCCUGGGCGACGUGAUUGAGUUUGUGGUUGAAGAUUCACCUGAAGAAACGCUGACGUUUGCGCUCACAUCAUGGACCAGGCCCAUGCGGGCUGCGGCCUCGUGGCUCAGCACAUGCCACCACGUGUCCACCACAGAUGUACCCAGUGACAACGACAACGACAGUAGCGACAACAGCGACAACAGCAGCGGAAGCGAUGACGGCAGUACUAACGACGGCAAGAGAGCAGCUGCAAUGCGCACGGUGCUAUCCUUAUCAGACGUGCUGGCCCAGUUUGGCGCGUCCGGCCAACGAGCAUCAUCGCCCUCCACGCGUGAGGCAGGUGCGGACAGCGUCACCCUUGCACGAGCAGUGCUUGCCGCCGCUGCGUCGUCACUGGCACGGCCAGCAUCAUCGCGGCGGGCUCGCAUGCGCGUGCGUGUUCCCGUAGGAGCAGCACAUGCGACCAGCGAAGUGGAGAGUAGUGCUGACCAGGGCGUGUGCAGCCCGCAAGUGGAUGGGCUCAACGGUGAUGAUGGCAGGCUUGAUGGGCGUGGUGGGCGUGGUGACGCUGAUGAGGCAGAUGGGAGAGGGGCGUUGCGUCAUGGUUCUCAUGCACCGCAUAUGGUGUGGUCUGACGACACGCGUCACGCUGCACGACCAUCGUCGUCAUCAGCGCAUGCAGAUGUGCAGCCACUAGGCCUGCACACUGAUUGCUAUGUGGUGGCAAUGCUGCAUGCGCUUGCGGCGUACGGCGGCGAUGUGUUUGUUGACGUGCGGUUGAGUGGUGGGGAUGGCAUGGACAAUGCACGGCGAUACCUGCUCAACUCGCUCGUCCGUCCCCGCAAGCUGUAUCUCCAUACACACGCAGGCGUGGAUGUUGCUCGCUUGUGCACAGCGCUUGACCCCAAUGCUUUUGCUGGCGUACAAGUGGUCUUCACAUAG